UUUGUCAUUUCUACAUUGGCUUGUGCGCAAAUGAUAGCAGCAUUUUGUUUGUAGAAAGCGUUACUGAACAUGAUAUACAAAGUGGUAACAUCGUUGUUAAAGUAUGAAACCAAAAGACCGGAUAGACCCUCGUCAUAAUUUUCCUACUUACGGAGUGAAGAUCAAACGGUUGUUAUAGCGACGGUCAAACAAUAUGGCCGCUGUCUCUCAAUUUUUAAGUUGACACUUCAAAUUGUUUGCUUUGCUUCGUCGUUUAAACACGUCACUAUCGAUCGCUACUGAGGAGAACUGGAUUUGAGUUUAUUCAGUCUCCACAGAAGAACCUGACGACGAGGUUCUGGUGAUUUUCCACCCGCAAACGCAGAAGAACAAGGGUGAAAAUCGUCGCCAUGUCGGAGGAGGAAAGUGUUAAGGUCGCCGUCCGGGUUCGGCCUUUCAAUAAGCGUGAGAGAGAGCGCAAUGCCACACUGAUCGUGGAAAUGAAAGGUCCGACCACGGUUCUGAAUGACCCCAGCGGCGAGAAUGAACCCAAGCGUUUCACGUUUGACUACAGUUACUGGUCCCACGAUAGUUUUAAAGAGGAGGCUUCUGGGUACCUGGCACCUGCAAAGCCUCACUAUGCUGAUCAGAACAUGGUGUUUAAGGAUGUGGGACUGGGAGUUCUGGCCAAUGCCUGGGAAGGUUACAACUGCUCGCUUUUUGCGUAUGGUCAAACAGGUGCCGGCAAGUCAUGGUCUAUCGUGGGAUAUGGACCCAACAAAGGUAUCGUGCCUCUGUUUUGUGACAAACUCUUCGUGCAGAUAGAGGAGAAGAAAUCAGGAGGAGAAGCAGCAUCGUUUGAGGUUGAGUUCAGUAUGCUGGAGAUCUAUAAUGAACAGGUCAGAGACUUGCUGAACCCUGCCUCCAAGAGAAAAGGAGGACUCAAGGUCCGCCAGCACCCCAAACUGGGCUUCUAUGCCGACGGCCUGAAGACGGUAGCAGUGAACAGCUACCAGGACAUUGAGAACAGGAUGGAGGAGGGAACCAAGAACCGUACUGUCGCUGCAACUAACAUGAACGCCACGUCUAGCCGUGCACACACCAUCGUUGGGAUCAAGUUCACGCAGAAGUACCAGAACGCAGCAGGACAGGAGACAGCCAAGAGCUCAGUCAUCAACCUGGUGGACUUGGCUGGAAGUGAGAGAGCUGAGAGCACAGGUGCAACUGGAGACAGGCUGAAGGAAGGAGCAGCCAUUAACCAAUCACUGUCCUCCCUCGGUAAUGUCAUUGCAGCCCUGGUGGAUAAGGCCAAUGGGAAGCAGGUUCGGGUGCCGUACCGUGACUCCACUCUGACUAAACUGCUGAAGAAUGCUCUGGGAGGGAACAGCAAGACCAUCAUGAUAGCAGCUAUCAGCCCUGCAGAUAUCAACUAUGAUGAGACCUUGUCUACCCUCAGAUAUGCUGAUCGAGCAAAGCAGAUCAAGACGAAGGUUGCAGUGAACGAGGAUCCGACAGAGAAGCUGAUUCGUGAGCUUCAGGAGGAGAACGAGAAGCUGAAGAAACUUCUGGAGUCUGGAGGAAUCCCGGAGAAGCUGGAUGAUGAUGAUGAUGAUGAAGAGGACGUAAAGUCACUGUCUAAGGAUGAGCGUGAGAGAAUCCGUAAGGAGUUGGAAGAGGAGAUGCAGGCUCGUAUCCUGGCCUCGGAGCAGGAGAUGGAGGAGAUGAAGAAGACUUGGGAGGAGAAGAUGCAGCAGAGCCACACCGGUCCCACUGUGCCUGACGCCGGCGCUGCCAGGAAAGAGAAGGAGUCCACUCCGCACCUGUACAACCUGAACAUCGACCCGCAGCUGACAGGCAUGAUCGUGCACCUGCUGAAGCCUGGACAACACCUGGUGGGCAGCAGUAAUGAGGAGUCUGGGGAAACUCCCAGCAUACUGCUGAAGGGACUCAAUAUCCAGCCUCAGCAUGCUGCCUUCAUAGUGGAGGGAGACAAAGUGUUUCUGGACCGCUGUCAGUCCAGCCCAGAUGCAAAGAUUAUUGUCAAUGGACAACCUCUUACUGAGAAGGAUGAACUGGAGCACAAUGACAGGAUCAUGUUUGGAGCCAACCAUCUGUACAUCUUUGCUCAUCCCAAACAAGCAGGCAGCCAGAAGCAGCCGGCCAUGACGUAUGAAGAGGCUCAGGCUGAGAUCAAUCAGAACUCUGGGUUUGUCCUGGGCAAAGGUUCACUGGAUGACCUCAUCCUUAACGAUGACCUUGUUGAGGUGAUGCCAGCGAUAGAACAGGCCAACGACAUGAGCGAGGAAAUGGACAAGAAGGUCAAGUUUGAGGUUGUCAUCGUGCCAGCGAAGGUUCUAGGGAUAGUCGGAAGUAAGACUGAGCCAUCCAAAAGGAAGCCCCCUGAGGUACAAUCUACUGCCAGGGUGAUGGUGAAAAUGAGGAAUGUUGACUUGGGGCUUGAGUAUCUGUGGACCAAGGCCAAGUUCAUGAACAGAAAGUACCUGAUGGAUGAGAUGUACGAAAGCUUUUCUGAUGGAGAAGACAUCAACUGGCCUGAUGAGAGAGACCCCUUCACGGAACCUCCUGACCAUGAAGAAAUGAUUGGAGGGCUGCACCUGUACCUACAGAGCAUUGGUUACAAGAUUGAGGCCAAAGAGCAGUUAGAUCUGACCGACAUCAAAGGCAUUGAAGUGGGCAAACUCAACGUGGAACUAUGGCCAUGUACACAGACAGGAAAGGUGUUAAGGGAUGAGGAUGCUUUUGUUGACGACCCGGAGACAGACCUGAAAGGACAACCGCUGGCCUUCAAGGUCAAGAUCCUGAAUGCUCGGGGACUUCCUGAUCGCUUUACGGACAUCUACUGUAAGUUCCGAGUCUACACCAUGGAGCCCUUCCAGACACAGACGAUCAAGAAAGCCAUCAACCCAGACUUCAAGUUUGAACAACUCGUCUCUUUCAAUGCUAUUGACUCACAGGAGCUGGACUACCUGUUGAAUGGCUCUGCCUAUGUCCAGCUGUUUGGGAAACAGGUGCCAAAGAAGCGUGAAGGGAAGAAACUCACCACCAAACAGAUUGUCAAGAAAUCUGGCAUGCUGAAGGGAAAGGACAUUGGAGCUGAGAAUAUGCCCAAAGCUACUGUGGAUGAAGGCAAGGUUGGCUACCAGUUCCAGAUUUUGACUCUCAAGAAAAGACUGGAAAGGCUGGAGAAGAAAAUGGCCCAAAUGAACAAGGUGGUGGAAGUGGCAGAGAAGAGUAGUAAGAUGCGGGUGAAGACAGAGACCAUUAAGACAGUUCUCCAUGCCAAGAACCCAGAUGCUGUUGAGAAGGCCAUCAAGACAAUUCCCAAGGACAAAGGAGCCGGAGACAACGGUAAGAAUUAGAAGGAGUAAAUGGCCAGCCACCAAGCCAAGAAAGUAAAGCCUGUGUCCUCCUAUAAAUAAGAUGGACUUCACCAGUUAGCAUUACCAACUUUUCAUCCCAGGUCCUGGAAUGCCAAACAUGUGCACCAUGGGUAGAUUGUAUAAACAUGAACUAAAGAAUGUUACACAAACUUUCAUUUGUCAAUAUCAACACUGCAAAGGUUGUAUGGGAAGUCUUAAUUUCAAUGUGCUAGUGAUUUCUUUCUAGAUAAGUUUGAGUGUGACCUCUCACAUGUUUACUACAUGUAUAUCUACCUGCACAAAACAAAAUUGUAUACAUAUUGCUUAGAAGGCCCAGGGCCGAUAUGGAUGUCUUUCAUUAUUAAAGUUCCCUGCAUUGCCUGGUAUUUAUUCAAUAGAAUAUGCUUUUAGAUGAAGCACAUUAUAAAAUAUGGCAACAGCUUAUUUUACAUACAUGUAACGUUAGUUGUCAACUUCGUGCCAUAGUGGUUAAGAUUGUAGAUAACACACAAACACUGAAAAAGUGAACUCAUAGGGAUGCAGUUGUUGGAAGCUAUAUCAUAAUGUAAAUAUUGGCAUAUGUUUAUGAUGUUAAGAAAUAAGUCUGAAGGACACUAAGGAGCUGGAUUUGUUACACACAUGCACAAAUUUUAGGCAAAGUAUUUUUGUAUGGGGAAAUAGUUUACUCAAGAGUGAAUUUUGUGAGAUUUUUUUGUGUUAUUUUGUUUUUAUUUUUGUAAAGUAAGUUAAGAGGUUGACAAUGAAUAAAUGAUGUGCAUUGUAAAA